AUGUGCUUUCUCUGGCUGGUGGCUGGCCGCAUCCUCCUAGGGGUGGUUGCCACAUCGUGGCAAAAGCUCAAAAGCGAGCCAGAAGUCACAAAAUGCUCACAAGCCCAGGCAAGCUCCAAGUUUGUGGCAACACAUCUUCGGUGGAGAGAUCUUGAAUAUACGGUGGUCUUUCCAACCUGGUGCUCCCUUGCUGGGUUGGCCUGCCAUUCCUGUCACCCCCAGGCUGCCGUUCUGUGGUCCUGCUCACAUUGCACAGCUGUGAUGGCUGGGGCUGAUGGGAAUUGUAGUCCAGAGCAGCUGGCAGAGCUGGGGAAAGUGGAUUUAACCUGUCCCUGCUUGUAUCUCUGA